AUGGCAAGCCUGCUAAAGAAGCCCUUCAAACUUGCCCUCGUGCAGCUUGCAUCAGGCGGUGAUAAGACAGCGAAUCUGCAUCAUGCUCGGUCGAAAGUCAUUGAAGCUGCCAAAGCUGGCGCCUCGAUGAUUGUUCUUCCCGAAUGCUUCAAUUCUCCAUAUGGCUGUCAAUACUUCCCCAAGUAUGCCGAGACCGUGCUACCUUCGCCGCCGUCGGAAGAGAAGUCGCCUUCAUGGCACAUGCUAUCGAAAGUCGCAGCAGAGACAAAGACAUACCUGAUCGGUGGGAGUAUACCUGAGUUUGUACCGGAUACAAAGGAGUACUUCAAUACCUCGCUGGUCUUCUCACCAACAGGGGAGUUGCUGGCAACCCAUCGAAAGACACACUUAUUCGAUAUCGAUAUACCUGGGAAGAUCAAGUUCAAGGAGAGUGACGUACUAUCUCCGGGGAAUAAGGUGACUAUAAUCGAUAUCCCGGAUUACGGUAAGAUUGGACUGGCGAUAUGCUACGACGUACGAUUUCCCGAGCUUGCCAUGAUCGCAGCAAGAAAGGGUGCAUUUAUGUUUGUUUAUCCUGGGGCUUUCAAUACGACAACAGGUCCGAUGCACUGGACCCUACAGGCGCGGGCGAGAGCAAUGGACAAUCAAAUCUACGUUGCAAUGUGCAGUCCGGCAAGGGAUACUGAGGCAACUUAUCAUGCCUAUGGACACUCGAUGAUUGUCAAUCCAAAAGCGGAGGUGCUUGCUGAAGCCGAAGAGCAUGAGGAUAUUGUGUACGCUCAGCUUGAUGGGGCGAAAAUUGAGGAGACGAGGAAAGGAAUACCCAUCUAUACACAGAGGCGUUUUGAUGUGUAUCCUGAUGUGAGUGCUGGCAAGGUGCGCUAUGAGGAGUGA